AUGUUUGCUGCGCGGCUUACAGCAAGAAAUGGCUUUCGUAGAGCUUCCUGCGCUUCAUUUAAGACCAGAUUGCCUCUAGUUAGACAUGUCACGACGAAUUCGUACGGUGCUGCCUUCAAGUCAAAUCAAAGCAUUUGGCAAAAAUGGCUUUACGGACUGGGAGCAUUUGGUGCGCUUUCCGCUGGUCUGUGGUACUUUUACUGGCCCAGACAUACUUUUUCAGCUAGUGUAGCAAAAAUCUUACGACAGGCAUUGUGGGAGGAAAGUGAUCGUAAAGACCACGAUUACCAGGCUGCGCUGAAAUACUAUCUAGAGGCGUUGCAGGAAUGUGACAAGCUAGAAGUUGAUCCCAUCAGUGAUGAGUACACGGGCAUUGAGCUCAAAGUGGCCGAAAUGUACGAAAGACUAGACAUGAGUGAUAAUGCCCACGAUCUGUAUUUGGAAAUGCUAUACCGGUAUUUCGACGCAUUGCAUAAUCCCGGACGUGUUGCAGACAAUUUGAGACCCCAUUUGAUCCAGAAAGAUCUACGAGUGCUCAUCAAGUCCCUGGAGAUGAACAAAGACGUUCAAAUCGGAAAACGGAAUUUGCUAGCACAUUUGCUGCUAGCACAGGAAGAGGUUCUAAGCCGUUCUCCAGAACUAAAGAAAUAUUUCGAUAAACGCAAGGACCGCGCUGCAAAACUAUUUCGAGGCGACGCUGUUCAAGCACAAACUCUCGAUUUUCAGAACCUGGUCAACGAGGACAACAUCAAGCUGAAUGAGGAGUCAUACAUGAUUGUAGAUCUGGCCAAAAACAGCAGUGCUUGGGAACCGUUCAAGGAAGAGUUUUUCACCGCAAGGGACCUUUACACCGCAUACUGCUUGUCCACGCAAGAUAUCACAUCCGCUUUGAGUUGCAAACUCACCACCGUGGAGUGGAUGGUGAUGGCAGAUAUGCCCCCAGGCCAAAUCUUACUUUCCCAGGCCAAUUUGGGCUCUCUUUUGUAUUUGCAAGCAGAAAACUUUGAGUCGAAAAUCCAUAAGCUGACCUUACAGCGUGAACAGGCCGCUACUCCAUCUGAUGACGAGACCAUCAUAAGAACUUUGCGUCAGCUUCAUCGGAACAGAGAUUCCUGUUUCGAAAUGGCACACCAGUGCUACGACAGUAUUAUCAAAUUUUCCAAGAAAAACAAAAAACUAAGGUUCAAUGCCAAAGAUCUCAUGGAUCCCUCGGCGGCUCACGCAAUUGCCCUUUCCAUCUAUGGAACUGGGGUUAUUAGCUUACACAGACGAGACCUAGCGAAAGCGGAGAGACUAUUGAACGAAUCCAUAACCCUGGCCGAAGAAACAAAUUUCCAAGAACUUUUGACUGAGGCCCAUCAAGAACUACGCAAAGUCGCACUUGCUAAAGAGAUCGCAGCGUCUAAGUCCACGGACGAUACACCAUCAAGCUAA